AUGCCGCCGAAAAAAGCAUUAAGAGUUGAAGAAUUUGUGCCGACGGAUGAUAUUUUAGAUACCUCGACUAAAUGGAAAUCAUGGCGGCGAAAGAUCGAAUUACAAAUGGAGUACUUUGGUAUUCAAGAUCCGAAAGAUAUGAGAAUGUGCUUACUCGUACAUGGGGGAGAUCAAAUUAUGUCUAUAGAUGAAAAUUCGGUGGAGACUGGAAGCAAAGAAGACGAGGAAUACACGAAUUUGAUAGACAAAAUCGAGAAAAUAUUCAUACCAAAGAAAUCACGACUUCACGCCCGAUUUCGUUUUAACAAAGCGAC